AUGUCUCAAGAAUUCCAACCUUUAUUUGAAACAACACCUUAUUUCAAUUCACAGAUGUUAAGUAAUAUCCCCAUGACUAAUGGGAAUACCGCUGGCAAUGGUAAUGGAAACACCGCCACAACACCUUCAACGGGUAACAAUAAUCCACCUAAUGUUAAUGAGACAAUUAAUUUACUUUCAUUCCCAGAGACAAGUCAUUUAAGUGAUGAAAUAUUUUUCAAUAAUUAUCAAUUCAAUAAUCAGUUAGGGUCAGAUUCUACCAACAACAAUGCCUUCUUGUCGCAACAACAGCAAGAACAACAACAAUUUUUAUAUAAUCAACAGUCGCAACUACAACCACCACCACCACAACAACAACAAGACCAGAGAAUUAAUCAAAUAAAUAGUGCUACUUCUGCACAUUCAUUUGAUAAUGAAUUAGCUAGUAAUAUAUCUUCUAAUUCAUUAAACACGUAUUUUUCAAAUCCACAUGCUUCGUCAUCAACAUCAUCAUCGUCGUCCUCGUCAUCUUCAUCACUGUCGUUUUCUGCCGGUUCCACAAAUAACAUCAACAACAAUAUUGGCAACAACAACAAUAAUCAAGCGACAUCAAAAGUACCCACUACACCACAACAAUUUAUCCAUCAUGGCAGGCAAAAUUCAACUACAAUUCCAAUUGAUCAAUUGACAUUAUUAUCUUUGAGAACUCCAGGUACCACAAAACCGGUUAAUAAUCAAUUAAUUCCACAAAAUCAAUUUAACAAUUUACAACAGCCAAAUUUUGAUAGUUAUUCACCAACAUCACAACCACCAUCACAACAACAACAACAGCAGCAAAAUCAACUAAGUCAAGGUUUCCAACCGGUAUCAUCGUCAAAUCCUGCUUUAGUAAAUAAUAUUAGUGUUGAUGCAAAUACUAUUGCUGCUGCUGUAGCUGCUGCAACUGCUGCCACUGAAGAUAUUACUGUUGGUCCAGUACUUGAAGAAGGUACAAUAAAUCCUCGUCAACUUUUCAAUAAUAAAUUAGGUACUUCAAUGAGUUCCCCAAGUUUAUCUACGCUAUUUGUUAAUAACCGUGCUCAACAACAACAACCACAACCACAACAACAGCAACUACCACCACAACAAGAACAAAACAUUCAAUCUUUACCAACAUCGGCAAUACCACCAGAUCAACAAUCUAUACAACAAUUGGCAAUGCAACAACAACAACAGCAAGUGCCCGUAAAUCAUAAACGAAGCAGUUCUACUCCACAUUUUGAUUUCAAAAUAAAUGAUGACUUUACGAAUUCUAUAUCAUCUUGGUUCAAUAAUCAAAAUGGUUUAGAUCCAAAUCAACAAAUUGAUGAGGAAAAUAAUAAAUUAUUUGUUAAUCCAAAUGGAAUACUUAAAAAUCAUACUCACAUUAAAACGAGAAAUCAUUCUUAUUCUAGUGGGGUAAUGCAUUCAAGUCGUGGUACUAGCAGAAGAAAUUCUGUUCAAUUGUUAAGUAAUGGUAAUAUUAUUGGUAGUAAUGGUGGUAAUGUUAAUGGUGGUGGGGUUAUUCUUACUACUGCCACUGCUACUACUACUAAUGGAUUAACUACAAAUUCAUUACAUGGAUCACCAAUCACUUUAACAACAGCUCAUUUUGAAAACAUUAAUGAAGAAAAUGAUAGUAUUAAUGAUUCAAGUAUUGAUAUUACCAGCAAUCCCACUGGUAUAACAACCAAACCAAUCACUACUAGUGUUGACGAAGAUGGAGAUGCUAAACAUAGCAGAAAGAGAAGAAAAAGUUCAUCAGCAAUUAAUAUGGGUGAAACCAUUGGCCCGUUAUCCGAUUCUCCUUCAAUCUCACCAACUAAUAGUAAUACCAAUAAUGACACAAUAAUGGCAACUAGUACUGUUGCUACUAAAAAUAUCACUAAAGAAGAAUUAAUGAAAAAGAAAUCUCAUUCAAAAUCUGCAUCCACCAACAAUACUACCACAGCCACAAAAAAUGAACGCAAGAAACUGACCACCGCCCAUAAUAUAUCUCCUAAUGGUAAUGGUAAUGGUAAUUCUCAAGCAUCAUUCCCAUGUAAUGAAUGUGAUAAACAAUUUAAACGUUCAGAACAUUUAAAAAGACAUCAAAGAUCUGUUCAUUCAAAUGAUCGACCAUUUGCUUGUAAAUAUUGUGAAAAGAAAUUUAGUCGAUCCGAUAAUUUAGCUCAACAUUUGAAAACUCAUAUUAAAACUGAUGCUAAUGGUAAUGCUAUGAUUGUUUAUGGGAAUCCUAGUAAUCAUGGAAGAAAAGAAAAGAAAAAAUCGGUAUAA